AUGGGAGGCGCUGCCUGGCGCUGGGGGCUGCGCGCCGCCCGCCUCCUGCCCGGCGCCGGCGGCGGGAGGGCUCCGGCGGCGCGGCGGGGCGGCCCGGGCUGUGCGCCCGCCGCUUGCACCGCUCCGUCCGCCGGCUCCGCGUCCUCAAGCUCUGGGGAUGAGGCUCUGAGGGACAAACGUGCUCGGAUCCUGUCACGGGGGCUGCCGAAGCAGAAGCCCAUAGAAGGAGUUAAGCAGGUAGUGGUUGUGGCUUCUGGAAAAGGGGGAGUUGGAAAAUCAACAACAGCAGUUAAUAUAGCCCUCGCCCUGGCAGCAAAUGAUUCGGUAGAUAAUAAUGGCAUGCAUCAUGUUUAUGUUUAA